GUGGUGAACCAUGGAGCCUGGCUCAGUGGUUCGAGCGAUCUUUGACUUCUGCCCUAGUGUAUCAGAAGAACUGCCGCUCUUUGUGGGUGAUGUCAUUGAGGUGUUGGCAGUGGUAGAUGAAUUUUGGCUUCUAGGAAAGAAGGAGGAUGUUACAGGACAGUUCCCCAGCAGUUUUGUGGAAGUUGUGACCAUUCCCAGUCUAAAAGAGGGAGAAAGACUGUUCGUGUGCAUCUCUGAAUUUACAUCCCAAGAACUAAGCAGUCUUCCGCUCCAUCGAGGUGACCUGGUGAUUCUCAGUGAUGAUGCUCCCACUGCAGGCUGGCUGCAGGGCCGCAGCUGCUGGGGGUCCCGGGGCUUCUUCCCAUCCUCAUGUGUUCGAGAACUCUGCCUCUCCUCCCAAAGCCGGCAGUGGCACUCACAUAGUGCACUGCUUCAGAUUCCCGAGUACUCCAUGGGACAAGCGCGAGCCCUCAUGGGGCUUUCUGCUCAGCUGGAUGAGGAGUUGGACUUCAGGGAAGGAGAUGUGAUUACCAUUAUUGGAGUUCCUGAGCCAGGCUGGUUUGAAGGGGAGUUAGAAGGUCGAAGAGGCAUUUUCCCAGAAGGUUUUGUAGAGCUUUUGGGGCCCCUGAGGACUGUGGAUGAAUCAGUAACUUCCGGAAAUCAAGAUGACUGCGUUGGUAAUGGUGAAAUGGAUAUCCCUUUAGAAGAAGAGAAGGGACCAGAGGAGGAGGGUGAGCAGCCGGGGGCCUAUGGAAUUGCCCUCUAUAGAUUCCAAGCUCUGGAGCCGAAUGAAUUGGAUUUUGAAGUAGGGGAUAAAAUUCAAAUUCUGGCAACCUUGGAAGAUGGCUGGCUAGAAGGAUGCCUAAAGGGCAGAACAGGCAUCUUUCCUCACCGCUUUGUAAAGUUAUUUCCUAACGCUAGCACAGAAGAGGCCAUUGCUCUGUCCCAGGAAGGCAGCCCUACCAAACCCCCAGAAGGUUCUUGGGAUGCUGUGGAGAACUCCUUAGCAGUGGAGGAACCAGGACAUGCCUGUCGUGAGUACAAAGAAGAGAGGAGCAGCUCUGUUCUUCCUGAGACCUCCGCUUCUCCCCUAAAUCACCUGACUCCUGAAUAUGAUACAAAUGAGAACUCCAGUCAAGAUGAAAUUACCUCAGGCGGGCUCCCUGCAAGCCCUGGUGCAAAGCUCGCAAAGCCUCUUACUAAAGCCUCUGACAUGACCGAUCAUUUGGAGGCAGUCAAUGGUGUUUCUUCCCAACCUCAGGUACCUCUUCAUCCCAAAUUGCAGAAAAACCAGUAUUAUUCUACAGCAGGAGGGAGCCAUCAAAGGUUAGAACAGUUCUCUGACCUUCCUCUUGUAGAAGCCAGGACUAGAGACUACUCUACCCUACCUCCCAGAGGGACGUAUGCCCAGCGGGGCUCCCUGAAGAAGCUACAGGCCUCCAUUCACAGGGGCUCCUCUUUCAUAGCCUCAAGGGUAACUCAGCCUAGUCAGUUGAGCCCUGAAUCCCAGGGCAUGGCAGAGUGUGCUAAGAAGCACUACAUAUCCAAAGAAAACACCUCUAGCUUCUGCUCCACAUCAGAGAGAUCAGAAAGCAAACCUGGUCCACAGGGCAAGGGGCCUAGUGUGGCAGUAACAGUACUUUCACAUGGAGAUGGCAGCAUUGACCUGGAUUCCAAGUUGACACAACAGCUGGUAGAAUUCGAGAAGAGCCUAUCAAUGUCUGCCACAGAACCAGAUAAAAUUCUACGCCACUUUUCAAUUAUGGACUUUAACUCCGAGAAGGAUAUCGUCCGAGGUUCUUCAAAAGUAGUCUCUUCGCAGGAGCUACCUGAGAGGAAAAAAGCCCUAAGACCACCACCACCCCGACCCUGUACUCCCACAGCUACUUCACCCCACUUGCUGGUUGACCAGAGCCCAAAACCUGCACCCCCGUUGCCUGUGCGGCCUUCUCGCCCCGCUCCCCUGCCUCCUUCUGCACAGCAGAGAACAAGUGCAGCCUCCCCCAAUCCAUCCUCCUGUCGCCGUCCUAGCUUCAAGCCUCUAGAAGAGGAGGGCCCUGAGCAUGAGGAGCAGAGCCUGGGUCAGACCUCGCCCUGCCCCUUAGUCCUGGUGAGGAUUCAGGAAAUGGAGCAGGAUCUGGAUAUGUACACCAGAGCUCAAGAAAAGCUGAGCCUGAUGCUGGAGGAGAAGCAAGAUGAAUCUGUAAGGGCAGAGACCCUUGAGAAUCUGGAGGACUGUGAGAGUAACAUUGAAAGUUUGAACUUGGGACUCCAGCAACUAAGAGAAAUAACACUCCUCUCCUCACAGUCUUCAUCCCUGGUGGCCCCUUCUGGGUCUGUAUCCACCGAAGACCCAGAGCAGAGGAUGUUGGAGAAGAGAACCAAAGUGGUAGAAGAACUUCUUCAGACGGAAAGAGACUACAUCCGGGAUCUUGAGAUGUGCAUUGAGCGGAUCAUGGUGCCCCUACAGCAGGCACAGGUACCAAACAUUGAUUUUGAGGGACUUUUUGGAAAUAUGCAGAUGGUGAUUAAAGUCUCAAAGCAAUUAUUAGCUGCCCUGGAAAUCAGCGAUGCUGUAGGACCUGUGUUUCUUGAUCACCGUGAUGACCUUGAGGGAACGUACAAGGUUUAUUGCCAGAAUCACGAUGAGGCCAUUGCCCUGCUGGAAAUCUAUGAGAAAGAUGAAAAGAUCCAGAAGCAUCUUCAAGACUCGUUGGCAGACCUGAGGAGCCUGUACAAUGAAUGGGGAUGCACCAAUUACAUUAACCUGGGUUCCUUCCUCAUCAAACCUGUACAGAGAGUAAUGCGUUACCCACUGCUGCUAAUGGAGUUGCUGAAUUCCACCCCAGAACUCCAUCCAGAUAAAGUGCCUUUAACCAGCGCAGUCCUUGCUGUCAAGGAAAUCAACGUAAACAUUAAUGAGUAUAAACGGCGAAAGGAUCUGGUGCUGAAGUACCGGAAGGGUGAUGAGGAUAGCCUUAUGGAGAAAAUUUCCAAACUGAACAUCCACUCCAUCAUCAAGAAAUCCAACCGAGUGAGCAGUCACCUGAAGCACCUCACUGGCUUUGCGCCUCAGAUAAAAGAUGAGGUAUUUGAAGAAACAGAAAAGACCUUUCGAAUGCAAGAAAGACUGAUUAAAUCUUUUAUCCGAGACCUGUCCCUCUACCUCCAGCAUAUCCGGGAAUCAGCUUGUGUGAAGGUGGUGGCUGCCUCAAGCAUGUGGGAUCUGUGCGUGGAGCGGGGACACCACGACCUGGAGCAGUUUGAAAAGGUGCACCGUUACAUCAGUGACCAGCUCUUCACCAAUUUCAAAGAGAGGACAGAGCGACUGGUCAUCUCUCCUUUAAAUCAGUUACUGAGCAUGUUUACAGGACCCCACAAGCUGGUGCAGAAGCGUUUCGACAAGCUCCUGGACUUCUACAACUGCACAGAACGAGCAGAGAAGUUGAAAGACAAGAAAACCUUAGAGGAGCUGCAGUCAGCCCGGAACAACUACGAGGCCCUGAAUGCACAGCUGCUAGAUGAGCUGCCCAAGUUCCAGCAGUACGCGCAGGGACUCUUCGCCAACUGCAUCCAUGGCUACGCGGAAGCCCACUGUGACUUUGUGCAGCAGGCACUGGAGCAGCUGCAGCCACUGCUUUCGUUACUCAAAGUUACUGGCAGAGACGGAAACCUGAUCGCCAUCUUCCACGAAGAGCACAGCAGGGUUCUGCAGCAACUCCAGGUCUUCACUUUCUUCCCUGAGUCUCUUCCAGCUGCAAAGAAGCCAUUCGAGAGGAGAACCAUAGACCGCCAGUCUGCGCGGAAGUCCCUCCUGGGCCUGGCAGGUUACGUGCUGCAGUCAGAAGAGCUGCGGGCCUCACUGCUGGCGCGGUACCCCCCUGAUAAACUCUUCCAAGCAGAACGGAAUUUCAAUGCUGCUCAGGACUUGGAUGUCUCACUUUUAGAAGGUGACCUGGUCGGUGUGAUCAAAAAGAAGGACCCUAUGGGCAGUCAGAACCGCUGGCUGAUUGACAAUGGAGUCACCAAAGGCUUCGUGUACAGCUCCUUCCUUAAGCCCUACAAUCCACGCCACAGCCACUCUGAUGCCUCUGUGGGCAGCCACUCCUCCACUGAGUCAGAGCACAGCAGCUCGUCCCCCAGGUUCCUUCGGCAGAACAGCAACAGCACCUUGACCUUCAACCCCAGCAGCAUGGCUGUGUCCUUUACCUCAGCUUCUUGUCCAAAGCAGCCUCAAGAUGUGCCUUCAUUGAAAGCGCAUGACCAGGGAACUCUUGGUACAUCCUCGAACCUGGGUAGUCCUGAGAGUGGACCUUCCAGGUCCCCGUCAAACCCAGACUGUACUUUCCAACCUAGACCAGGGGACUCUGUGGAUGCAACCAGUAUAAGGGGCUGCUACCGAAGCACCAGGCACCCAGAAGUUGCUUACUCUGUACCGGGGAGAAAUGGACAAGGUAAAGACCUCAUAAAAGGAUGCGCAGCAGCAGCCCAGGCUCUGGGAGACAGAAAUGAAGAGCUAGAAAGCAGCGAGGCAGAAGGCAACCAGGUAUAUUUUGCUGUUUAUGCCUUCAAAGCACGAAACCCAAAUGAGCUGAGUGUGUCAGCCAAUCAAAGACUCAAGAUCCUCGAGUUCAAAGACGUUACUGGCAAUACAGAGUGGUGGUUAGCUGAAGUUAAUGGAAAGAAGGGCUAUGUCCCAUCCAAUUACAUCCGCAAAACUGAGUACACCUGAGCCUGUUGUACCUCCUGCUCAACCUUACUGCUGCCUUUGCUUUCAGUCUGCUGAAAGGUUCUGGUGGGCUGCUGACCGGCACCUGGUCUGAAGACCCAGGCCCUGCUGCACUGCUUAACAGGACUAGCGGAGAGCAAGACAAGUUUUGUUCUUCUCUAUCGGGUUAUAAGUCUUGAUGCUUCCUAGAAUUUCUAGAAUUUGAAGUGGGCCCUGGGGUUCUCAGAUGAUUCAGUGACCACGAGAUGAAAGGCAAGGGCCGGGUCAGCCUUUGGCAGUGAGAAAUUUCCAGCCGGAGCACUGACAUUCUGAGUCUGCAGGAAGCUGAGCUAGCAUUGCUGUAUCACACUGAGUCUGGGGUGGCCCCGUGCUCCGUGAUGAGCUGAUGACAAACUGACUUGGACGGGGCUCUGGGGCCCAGGCAGGUCACAUUCUGGCACGUGGCAAAGAAUUUGCUGGGAUGGCACCAAACCUAGUGUUUCAGAGCUUCGGAGAUACCUCUCGUGUUCCGCUCACAUUUCGUUUCUCACACCUAAUUUCUAAAGUCCCUAAAAUACUAAUCUGUUUCAUUUCACUAUUCCCAGAUUGGUUAGACAAAAUUCAGCUGCUUUCUUCUGCUAAGAAGUAGUUAGGGUUUUUAUUUUCUUUUGACCUUUUAUCUGAAAGGUUCUCGUUCCUUUUUAGAUACAGUCAUCUACCCUUUCUCACAGUCACCUCUACCUUAUACAGAAUGUGUGAUGUCUCAUGACCGUGUGCUCAGUAAUGGGUAGAUUUUCCUAGAAUACCAGGAUCAGAGCCCCAGCCUCCACUAAAAGUACUAAUUCUACACUAGUCCCUGACCAGUCAGGCCUGGUCAAGGACUGCAUACCUUGCUCCUUCACACGGCUGCCGCUUACACAGCCACAGAUGCAGCCAGCAUGACCAUGUGACUUACUUGAGGAAAGGUAAGCGGUCCCAGGAGCAGCUGAUCCUAGACUAGGAAAUAAGAUUUGCAGCUCCACUACUAACCUCCAUGCUUCAGGGACAGUUUUCAAAGCCAAACAGAUUCUCAAGUGCCUGGUAACGCCUCACUGGUCGCGGGAAGUCACUUGCGAACCAUCAGAACCUGCCUUUGAAAAUUUGGUGUGAGCAGGGCUCCUGUACUUCAGAUCUUCACAAGCUGUGAGGCCUGUUGGACAGUGGGUGACUCUGAGGUUUGUCUUUUAGAGGAAUUAACAAUCUUACAGCCCCUGUUUCUCUGCGUGCACAUUUGGCCGUAAGAUCCUGACCCACGAGACACCUGUGGACUCCUCAGCCCGUGUCCCUGCCAGUGGCCACAGGCAGUGAUGAAAGGUCUCUUGUGAGGAGUGUUUAUAUUUAGACAUGUUUAUAUUUUAGUUAUUUUAUAAAUAAAAUCAUUUCUAUUGGC